AUGCGCCAACGGUCAAUAAAGGGCGGUUGGCGUCGCCCCCUCCCCUCUCGUGUUCGGGGCGGUUCCCCUCGCACUGCGGUUUCCGGUUUUUCCUCCUCCCUUUCCGGGUGGUCCAGCGGACUCGGCUCGCCAAGCUUUGGUUCCCGCGGGUGCUUUUUUUUCUUGGGCGGCGCCGGGACGCGGAGGCGACGGAUGUCCCGGCGGGGGGAUUCUUCCGCGGGCCUCCCAGCCGCCGCUUGCGAAAAUGAUCAAGAGUUGUAUGAAUGUCCACUGUGUAACCUUGUUUGUAAUGACUACUCAGUUCUACGGGAACAUGUUGAGUUGCAUUUGGAGGAAUCCAGUUGUUCAGAAGGAAGAAACAAAAAUGAUCUAGAAUUGGCACAGCAUAUCCAGAAUGAGGAAGUCAGACAACGGAGAGAGGCUGUGAGACAAGAGAGAGACUUUCAAAAGCUGCAAAAACGAUAUGCCUUGGAUGGUUCUGGUGGGUGCAAGCAGCAAUCAUUGAAGAACAUGGAAAAGGAAGUAACUCAGGGAAGAAUGCCACCUUCUAAGAAUCAAAAGAGAAAAGCUGACCUGAUGGACUUUUUGGCUGGUGGCACUGAUGAUGAAAAUACACAGACUUCAGGCAUUAUCGAAGUGCUCAGCCGUUACUAUCAUACUAAAUGUACAGACAUAAAGCGAGUCUGGCUUUCUGCGGGAGUGGAUCACUUCCAUUGUUCUUUCAGAGACAAAGGCUGGGGUUGCGGGUAUCGGAACUUUCAGAUGAUUCUUUCUUCUCUCCUGAGAAACAGCACCUACCAAGACUGCUUGAAAGAUCUGUCAAUUCCUUGCAUUCCAAAAAUUCAGUCGUUGAUUGAAAAUUCCUGGAAAGAAGGAUUUGAUCCCCAAGGAGCUUCUCACUUCAACAGCAGAUUACAGGGAACUAAGGCAUGGAUAGGAGCAUGUGAAAUUUAUUCACUUUUAACUUCUCUCAGGCUAAAGUGUCAAAUCGUUGACUUUCACCAACCAACUAGCCCAUCAGGAACACAUCCUCGUUUGUUAGAAUGGGUGCAUAGUUACUACAGUUCAGACGACAAGAAUAACGUUCCCAAGUUAGUGUGUACCUCCAAGCCUCCAAUCUACCUUCAACACCAAGGCCAUAGUCGUACUAUUUUUGGAAUAGAAGAAAGAAAGAACAAAUCCUUGUGUCUACUAGUAUUUGAUCCAAGCUGCCCCUCACAAGAAAUGCAAAAACUUUUAAAAGAGACUGAUAUCGACAGUAUGAGGAUGAUUCGGAGAUUUGUGGGUGGCUUAAGACAUAAACAGUACCAAGUGGUGGCCAUAGAUGGUGUGUUGUCAGCAGAGGAAAAAGUUGCCCGUCGGCAGGAUUCUCAGGUCUUCGAAGCUCAGAAAAUUCCUUGAAAGAUGGAUCAC